UGGGCGGGCCUCCAGAGUAAUCUUUACAAAAUGGCGACUGUUGUUGUUUUGCCGCAGGGUCAGUGAAUAAAUCCGUUUUUCAUUUCAAUCAUUCUCUGCAUUUAUUUGCAGAAACAACAGUAAAAAGCCCAGGCGUCCCGAGGGGUUGGCUCCGUUUGGACUGAAAUGAAAGGUAAAGAGCGAUCGCCGAUUAAAAAGCGCUCUCGGGCCCUGGACGAUAUACGAGACCGGGGAGGAUGCCACCCGACCAGCAAGAAAAUGGGGGCUCUCUCCGUGUCCACCGGGAGUAAUAAUGGGAAUAGCUCGACGAAGAACGACGGCAGUUCGACGAGAAGGAGUCUGCUGGGUGAAAAAAGAGACAGAGAUUUCGAUGGGCACAGUCGGACUGGAAAUAAUCAUGGCUGUCAGUCUGCAGUCGCCAGCUCCGUGGGUAAAAACCACAGCCUGAGCCUAACGCUGGAUUUAGCCCCAGCGAGGACCACCUCUCGGGGGGAGCAGCGGGUGCAGCCGCCCGGCGCAGAGAGUGAGUACAAAACCCUCAAAAUAAGCGACCUGGGCACCCAGCUGAACGACGAGGACAUAGAAGAUGGACUAUUUCAUGAAUUCAAGAAAUUUGGAGAUGUGAGCGUCAAGAUAAGCCGCAGCAACGACGAGCGGAUCGCGUUUGUGAAUUUUAGGAAGCCGGAGGACGCACGAGCUGCAAAGCACGCGCGGGGCCGGCUGGUGCUGUAUGACCGGCCGCUGAAAAUCGAGGCAGUGUACAUCAACCGGAGGAGAAGCCGCUCCCCUGUGGAGAGAGACUUGUAUGGUGCAGCUCCCAGCCACAGACAUUUGCAGAGACCCCUCUCGCCCACCGGGCUGGGAUACAGAGACUACCGGCUGCAGCAGCUGGCCCUGGGCAGGCUGCCCCCUCCCCCGCCUCCCCCUCUGCCCAGAGAGCUGGAGCGGGACCGGGAGUUUGCCCUGUUUGAAGCCAGGGCACGACCAGCUUUCAUUGCAGAGCGAGCAGCCUUUCGAGAAGAGGAUUUUAUAUCUCCAGAAGAUGACCAAAGAGCCAAUAGGACGUUGUUUUUAGGCAAUCUGGACACAACUGUGACUGAAGCAGACCUGAGGAGAGCUUUUGACAGGUUUGGGAUCAUAACAGAAGUGGACAUUAAAAGACCCACACGGGGACAAACUAGCACAUAUGGAUUUUUGAAAUUUGAGAAUCUGGACAUGGCUCAUCGUGCUAAAUUAAGCAUGUCUGGCAAAAUAGUGGGCCACAACCCCAUAAAGAUAGGCUAUGGGAAAGCAACUCCCACUACACGCCUGUGGGUUGGGGGACUUGGGCCGUGGGUUCCUGUUGCUGCCCUGGCAAGAGAGUUUGACCGCUUUGGCACUAUAAGGACCAUUGACUUCAGAAAGGGGGACACUUGGGCCUACAUUCAGUAUGAAAGUCUGGAUGCUGCACAGGCGGCAUGCACACACAUGAGGGGCUUCCCACUGGGGGGUCCAGAAAGAAGACUUAGAGUGGACUUUGCUGACACUGAGCAUCGGUACCAGCAGCAGUUCCUGCAGCCUCUCCCUAUACCACCAUUUGACAUGGUGGCAGAGUCUUUUGUCCACCGAGCCACAACUGAACCCCUGAGAGUCAGGGAACGGACUCCACCUCCGCUUCACUUCAGGGAGAGAGAUCUCUUUCCUGGAGCUGAGUGGCCCAACCCAGCCAUCCGAGAUCGGGUUCGAGCGUCACCCUUUGAACCUCUGGAGCACUUGGAACGUGAGCGACGGGCACGAGAGCCCUGGUCUUUGGAGCGAGAGCUGCAGGGACGAGAACCUCCACGCAAGCGGCGUGCAAUGGAGGAUGGACGCCACAUAGACCCCUCCCCUGACAGCACUGACAGAACUCUAAGGCGUAGACGUGCUUCUCCAGAUGGCAGUCCUGAAGGUAUCAGCAGAGACGGAGGGCGCUUCAGUGACCCAGAGCGGCCUCUCCGGGGAGAGAGACCCUCCCCCGCAAGAGAGUGCCACAGCAGCCUUGAAAGAGGCGGGGCUGAGCGGAGACUCAAAAGCCAGAGUCUCUCUGACAAGGGACCUUCAGGCAGCGGCGUUUCAGCAGUUGGAGAUCGUAAGCGCAAAGCAGGGGACGGUGGUAAGGGGCCGGCCAAGAGGGAACGUCCCGAGAGCAGUUCCAAGGGGGGCCAGGCAUCCAAACCAGAUGGCAGCAAACUCAGUUUGGCCUGGCAUGGCAUGCUUCUGCUCAAGAACAGCAACUUUCCAGCCAAUAUGCACCUGCUGGAGGGCGAUCACAACGUGGCCAGCGACCUGCUUGCCGAGGGCACAUCAGGAAGGCAGGUGGGCGAGCUAAAGAUCACCCAGCGUCUCCGUCUAGACCAGCCCAAACUCGACGAGGUGUCCCGGCGCAUCAAGGUGGCGGGUCCCGGCGGCUACGCCAUCCUGCUGGCAGUUCCUGGUACCACAGAGGAUUUAUCUUCAUCAGACCCUGCAGCAUCAACUCAGCGACCGCUCCGCAACCUGGUGUCCUACCUCAACCAAAAACAAGCAGCCGGAGUCAUCAGCCUGCCUGUGGGAGGGAGCCGGGAUAAAGACAACACGGGGGUUCUUCAUGCUUUCCCUCCCUGUGAUUUCUCCCAACAGUUCCUGGAUUCCUCUGCCAAAGCUCUGGCUAAAAGCGAAGAGGACUAUCUGGUCAUGAUUGUGGUUCGUGGAGCAUCUUAAAAAAAAAAAAAAUCAGAACUCUCGAAGUUCAAGUGGUGUUUAAAAAAAAAAAGGAAUCUGCCGUAUGUCAGUAACUAUUGCAUGCUGUGUGUUCUGCAUUAUAGGGUACACUAGUAUGGUUCCUUAGUGUUUGUAUGUUGCCAUGUAAUCCACUCAAAGGACAAAUGGUGCCCUCCUACAAAACUAAAAGGAUGUGUGUUUUGGAAAUUAUUUUUAAAGGUUGUAUGAAUUGCUUACAAAGUCAUAAACCUGCAGUAUUUCAGUCAAAAUACAGGAAAAUAUGAGGAGCAUUCAUUAAAUACAUUUCAAUUUCAUUUAAAAAUAGUAUACCAUUAAACAAUUUUUUGGUUGAUUUACCUGUUGAACAUUUUAGCUUAGCCAACUCUUCUACAAGAAAACAAAUAGAGAAUUUACAAAAUGCAUUGAGUGGACACAAUAACACCUCUACUACAGUUAAACCAAAAACAAUAGCCUCCAAAGCUACUAUAGUGCCCCUUUCACUGUGUUACCAAAAGCUGGAAAUAACGAGCUUAACACAAAUCAUGUUGGUGUCUGGGCUAUCAUUCUGCUAUCCCUUAGAUUGUACAGUUGUUAUUGUGUCUACAUCCAAAACAGACAUUUAAAUUAGGAGAAUUAAAAAAACAUAUUUUUUAAAUCUUACAGCGCAAUAACAUUUCUACUAUAUUCACUUUUUUAAUUAAUGGAAACAAUAAUGAGACAUUUUUGGAGGUUUUCAUUGAAGGUGUAGUAGUUGAGUUGGUACUGCAAGGCCAGAGAGAGAGUCCUGGUCACACUUCUCUCCUUCAGCUCUCCAGGUUUCUAGAUAUCUCGCCUUCAUCAGGCCUUAAAUAUAACAAAAUAGCUUAGGACAUUUGGUGAAUGGUGUGUGGUGCGCUGAAGAAGAGUUGUGAUGUGUUUUGAAGGUUAAAGCGUCAAUAGUGAAAGCUCACACAUUACCUUGGUUGCAAAUUAUGUUUAAAAGUUACAAAUCCCUUUCAGGUUCAUGGUUUUAAUUAGAGAGUAUAUUUUAUUCAUGUGUUCCUCAAUAUUGGAAUGCCAAAUUGCAAGAUCGAUAAUGAACUCGGUGUGUGUUCACUGGUAAAUCCAAAUUGUUACAUCAACUCUAUGUGAAAUGCUGAAUACUAACAGUUAUUCGCCCAGGGAACAGCCCAUAACACAACACUCAUAGCAUAGUAAAGCAAAUACUAACAUGUUUUCAUAUUUUAACUUCAUAUUUUACUUUGUGCAUCCCUACCUUAGAAAUGGUUGUGUAAUGUGAUCUAUAAAAAACUACAGUAGUAAUGGAUAAAAAAAAGCGUAGAGAGUUUUGUGUUGUUUCAUUUAUUGCUCUGAAACAAGUAGGUCCUCUGAUAAUAAUAUUCAGUAUCAGUAAUAUGUUGGUACAAAGUUACAGGAAUUUGCUAUUUGUUCAGUAAGUAGGUCUGUGUAAAUCAAAGUUUUAGAAAUUAUUUAACAGUCCGUGUUUGAAUUUUGAUUUUAGAGGUAUAAAUUGGACUAUAUCUUACUCAUGCCUGCCAACAUGUUCCCAAGGCCUACUUACCGUAUUUAGUUUUGCCAUUGUAUGUUCGUCAUGCAAUAGUAACCCACCCUGAAUUAUGUUUUGCUGAGUUUGGUUUAAUAUGUAUUGAAAACAUUAAUAUGUCAGAAAAUGGUUACACCCACUUCAACAUUGGACUCUAUGUGGAGACGAGUGCAGAGCUGAAACCUCUGCAGAGAUGUUUGUGAGUCCUCACUAAAGAGGCUACUUUAAAGUUGUGUAUCCCAUCUGCACCUGUGAUGACUUCUGUUUUAAAAUGGAAAAUUGAGCAAUGUACACUUUGAUGUCAUGGGAAAGGAAAAUCCGUAGAGCCCAUGCGAAGCUGUUCACAUACCUGCAAGUGCGUUUGGGCACUUAAUGUGACCGAUUAUCAAUAAAUUGUUCAUUUGAAGGGAAACAUGUUUCUUCGAUGGAAGUGAAUUGAAGAAAAACGCUGCACUGCCUUAUUGUGUUUCGAAGGAGUUGUCACUCAAAUUUGGUUCUGCACACGAAAAAGGGAGACAGUUUGCAGUUUGUUUAGCACCGGUGAAGAGAGACCCCGUUUCGUGUGAGGAUCGCUGUUUGCUUACAGGCCUGUUCUGAGCUCGUGAGUCUUAAAUUACUCCCUCAUGACCCCCUGUUAUAACCUCAACGUUUCCGGUUGGCAUGUGAACACCUGAUCAGGAUGGAGGAGCCCCCGCUGCCUCUUGUGAGCAGCCAGUUUUCAGUGUGAACCAAUGAUGAAGUUCGGGAGUCGCGGGCGGGAGCAAACAGCAGCCCGUGCAGUAUCCUGUUGUUUUACUCUAAAGCUGUUCAUUUGCAUUGUUCCGGGUUCUGAAUAGGAGCGGAGGAAUUCCCAUCACCGGCCGUCACACACUCCGCAUGGGAGAUUGUGGGUGACACUGCUCUGAAAUGUUCAUAGCAAGCUGUCACCCUGCAGAGGCCAAGCUGAACCACUGGGCUCAUUUGUCUUUAUUAUACUUUGCCCAGUUAUGAUUUGACUUAAUUUUCGGCUCAGGGCAGUGGAUUGGCCCAGCUAGGAAUAUUGUUGGUGUUCUCCUCUGAUUGAACCCUCUCCGAGGAGACGAGUGAAGAAGUGUGUUCACGCCAUCGUCUGCCGAGGUCUGCUGCAGCAUGGAAAUGAAAACUAGCAGGCCAAAAUGUGUACCCUUUUUGACACUCAUGAAAGGAAUCCACAUGGGCGGACCCCCCUGACCCCCACCCCAAAUUCUUCUAGGAGACCUGUUUUUAAUUUUAAGGCCACAUUACACAGGAAUGAAAGUUCUUCAUUUCCUCCUACCAUCCAUUUUAGUUAUAGCACUGUGAAAACAAAUGCUGUGCCCUGUGCUGUGGACACCUUUCUUCACUAGAGAAACAUUGCCCUCUUGAGGACCAUGAAGCUCCUGCUCCCCUCCCUCAGUCUACCUGACACACUGAGCACAGCAGACACCCAGGACAGAGCUGGUAUCACUCUGCGACUGCUGUCUAGAAACGACAUGAGGGUGAGUAGGGAGAAAAGGUGCUGCCUGCCAGCUCUGUAUCGAUGGCUGAGGCAGCAGAGGUAAGUAUCAAGUGUCAGCACCACAUGUUUUCCAGUAAAAAAUGCAUAAUGGCUCACUAGUUUUUCAGCCAAAGUAAUAACAGAUUUAAUGUCCACUGAUGGUAAUUGUGUAAGACAGCAGGACCAUUAACUGCACAUACUGCUGCUUCUGUCAGCAACUGGAGAAACAGCAUAACAAAAUGAUAAAAUGUCCUAAAUAGUGUACAUUUUAAUACCUUAAGGUAUAGUAUACUUAAACAAAGUAUUUUAUUCCCAUUCAGUGCAACAUUUAUGUAAAAGGUUGAUAUUUUACAGUUAAUCUACUGCAGUUGUUGAACCUCCUUCCGAUUCAGAUUCAGAUGAUAAUAAACAAAUCCCUGCACAUUCAGUGGUCUUUGCAGCCAGAUGUAAAACCUAAUGGGGAUAGCUAUCAUUCAGUUAUAGAUUCAUCAUGUCAUUCAUUGUCAAUAGCCAGAAUCGGGACAGGUUGAAAUGAUCUAAUGUGGUUAAUGUGAUGUGGUCUGUGACAAACCAGUGUAGGCUCAGUUAUUAAGACCUCACUGUUUCACAGCAGGACAAAACAAAGCUUGACUGUAUUAAGGGUUUACAUGUCAGUAAGCCACAUUAUAUUAUAAAUUAUAAAUGAUUGUUGUUGGCUAAAGUAUUAAUAUCAGUGAGUAAAUAUAAUUUAAAUGUAAUAUAAUGACAUAAGAAAACAGCUUUUGGCGCGAAACUGCAUUAGAAGAUGAUAAUGACUGCGUACGACAAAUGAAAACAUCCAGUAAAUACAAUUUAUUAAUAUAAGAUUCAACAUUCCUAGACCUUAUAAAUCUAUCACACGACACCAAUUAGCUCUACUAAUGUAGCUUAUGAAAACAUCAUCAAUAUGUGGCUUAUACCUGACUUACUGUGGCAUCUGGCACUCACUGAUACCUGUAUGUUUUAUAAUCCGCUCCCUAUAUAUUGAAGCUGAAUGAGCAGCUACUUGCUAAUUGUCCUGCCGCCACAAUGUCAAAUGAUACGAAGAGUAAACAGAACUUAUGAAACAUGCAUCACUCAUUCAUAUGUACAGCUGUACAAUGCCUGGUUUUCUGUAGGGUUUUGAGAUAUUAAGUUUUGUAUUACAUACACAGGCAUAUUAUACCUUCAUAAACCAAAUAUUUUAAAGAUUUCACAAAUGUUUGAAGACUACUUUGUGAAAUCACUUGACCUACACCUGGAGAAAUGAACAAAAUGAGGUAUGUCGAGUCUGGCCAAAGUUUUAGCAUAAUUCCAGAUCAAAUGUGUAAUAAUAAUAAUCCUUUAAGUUUCCAAAUUAUAACUUUGUUUAUCAUUACAUUUUAAGGUCAUAUUUUUUGCUCAUGUAUUAUUGUUUUACUUCUAGACAAACAGUAAUCUGUAAAAGCCACAUAUGUCAUAUCUACAUUUCACAUUUGAUUUAUUUUAUCCUUGCUGACUGCAGUGCAGUUUUUGCAGUAUAAAAAACACUUACAUUGAUAUGCGGUUGUUUAGCCAUGACAUUUCUAAAAACAAGUCACUAAACUUGCAUUGACAAGCAUUUCCAAAUGAAUUACACUGUAAACUGCUGACGAGACUAAAAUAUGUUUCCCAAACAGAGAUCCACUGGACCGGACGCUUGCGUCUGGCCGCCGAUAAACACACCAACAGGUGUCAUCUACUGUAAGUGUUUGCUUUGAUCAACACAACAUUAACACACAUUUGACAAAUAAUUACAAGCAUGUGUUGGGUCUACUUUAAGCCCAAGAUUAAAGUGAAUGUUAUAAUUUAGAUGAAUAAUUGUAUUUGUUCACUUCUGUAUGUUCAAAGUGUUAAUAAAACAUGUUGAAUGUA